AUGAGUCAACCCCAAUAUGGAAGAGAUAUGGAUCGACCGCCAGUUGCAGGAUCCGUCAAGCGGGCCAGAGAGCGGGCUCAAGCCGGCUUCCAGAGGGAACAGCAGUCUCCGCCGAGCGCCACGAGAGUCCCGAUAAUGGAAGAAGACCCAGACAGCCCCACGGAUGUCUCAGACCGACGUCAGAUUGUCGAGCCGACACCAUCACGGAUACCGAGACUUCAACUACCGAAUGGCCUGCAAAAUAAAGACGGCAGUCCCGGGCUUGCCAUCUCCCGACCAACACAAAUCCCACAAUGGCCGCUGCCAGGGCCGAUCCCGUCACCCGUGAUCAAUCCCGAUGCGGAACCCUAUCGACCUCCUCCGGGUCGUGGGCCACCGCCGCAACGACCUCCACGCCCAAGUAGAGUUCCAUCAAUCUUGGACAGUUCACGGGUCCAGGAUCACACCCCCGUCUUCCAAUAUACCCCUCAAAGCGGGCGAGAAUCGACGCUGAGCCAAGAUGUCUCAUCCGCACCGCUUACUCCAUCGUCAAGGCACACCCAAUCUUCACUUUCUUCAGUCGGAUCGAUUCCAGACUUCCCUUUGCCGUCGACCAUGCCACCCGUCGCCUUGCCACAGCCUGUAGUACCGCCAAGGAGAAGCGUAACACUUGGUCCGCCACCGUCGGCACGUCGAGGCGACUCAUCCUUUUAUUCGAAUGCUUCAUUCGUCUCACCGAUUCCCGAAGAGAGUCCUCGGUCGAGGUCCCAUACCUCCUUCGCUUCCAGUGCCGCAAUGCCCGAGAGUUGGGGUAGUCAUUCACCAGGAUUUAGUCCAGGAUAUCCGGACGAUUAUUAUGAGGACGACGCGUAUUCGACCGAAGACGAAAACAGCCAAAUGAGUCGCGGCACGGGAUCGCCAUAUGGGGAUGCAGGUGACGAGAGCAAACUUGUUAGGAGUGCCAGUUUGGGCAAGAUGUCGAAGCCUUCAAUCGUGAUGAAUCGCGCCCCGAGCAACGGAGACCCAAUGCCGCAGGAUGUACUAGAUGAGCAAAAGUCACUGCGCCCGUCACCGCGGCCAUCGCCGGUCCCUUUCCAGCUUCCUAUCAGUCCUUUCGACACUGGAACAGCCUAUUAUGAGGCUUCCAGCUCCUCGGGUUCAGCCCCUAUUACCGCAGCCACCGCCACUACUCCAUCAAUCUCGGCCAACGCAAUGCUAGGCGCUUUUGCCGCUGCCAGUGCGACCGAUCCAGCAGAACUGAGAAAGGUUACGCCAUCCCCUCGUCCGUACAAUCGCCUAUCAGCCAUUCGCCGACCGCCCAAACUUGGACUCGACAUGGAUUCGGUCAGGGCAAUGGAAUCUAGGGGUAGCAUGACGAGCUUGCCGGACCUCAUCAAGCGAGCAACCCGUCUGGCUGCACUUAUUGACCGGGGACGAAGACCUGCCAGCAGAUUCGAGAUGGACGACGGUACAUGGCCCGACGAGAAGGCCUUUCGGCGAGAGGGGGGGGAGCAGCAAAUGUCCGGUGUGUCUUCUGGUGACAAGCACCAGUCAGGCCUGUCUGAUAUGCUAGCCGCAUUCCCGCCACCUGCGGCUACAACACCAAACCCUCCUAAUCGCGGAAGCUGGUUCCAACGAGCCUCCAAUGCCUCGUGGCCAUUGGCGCCGGGUAGUAGGGGCAGCACUCCGCAGCCUGUGACUCGAGCGAUGGCGGCAAGAGGAUCCCCAUUGGUCAGACUUGAAUCCAAUGACGGCGAGUCUUCGAUCAAGCGUCGUAGAAAGUGUUGCGGUCUGCCUUUGUGGGCCUUCAUCCUCAUUGUCUUCCUCAUUUUGGGAAUCGUCGUCGCCGCCAUCAUCGUCCCCCUCGAGUUCUUCGUCUUCCGGAAAAAUCGGACCGCUAACUCGCCAACAGCGGAGCCGGCUCUGACCCAGUGCCAGAACCAGCUCAAGUGCGAGAAUGGCGGAACCAACGUCGUAUCACAAGGCGUUUGCUCCUGCAUUUGUAUAAACGGGUUCACGGGGCAGACCUGCACCGUGGCCGGAGCCACAGGCUGCACCACCACGAACCUCUCGGGGAACUCUACCUCGACUAAAUUUAGUAAUGUCACGCUCGGUCAGGCGAUCCCACGGCUACUGCAGCAAUCUCAGAAGAAUUUCACGGUUCCCUUGGACGGCACCGACAUUCUCGCCAAGUUCAAUACGGAGAGCCUGUCAUGUAUUGCGCAAAACUCCCUCGUCACAUUCGACGGACGGUCGACUCGAACGGGGACCGUUGUUUUUGAUACAGAUGUCAACGCCAAAGGUGCCAUUCCUGUCCAGGUCAUCACCAUUCCCCCAGGGCAAACGGCAACUAUCACGAUUGAUGCCAACGCGCCGGGAGUCGUGAUAGUCCCCUUGCCAGACAUCGUCGGUGGGUUCACAACACUGACAGGGCCUUUCCAUGUCACGACUAUAUAUGCUUCCAGCUCGACCAUGUGGGCCACUAUUCCCAUGGCGCCUUCGUCAACCACACUCCCCGAGACGACACCCUCUGUAACCCCAACGGCCCCUACUGUCCCGCCUACGACGACACCAACGCCAACCAUACCUCAGAGCCCUCCGUUCCCCUCGGUACCAGCGCCGUCUGCACCAGCACCCAGCCCGACCUUCACAGUCACCGAGGAGACUUUGGACUUUGCCCGUGUCUCGAUACUUUUGAUCCUCGAGAGACAAACUUUGAUGGCGGCGACAACGGCGCAGACUGUUUUGCAGCGGUUCUUCACCACUGCGGAUCAAGGCAGCCGGCAACAAAGCGGUGGAGUCACACCUGCCCAGGCAUUGAACGUUACACUGGGCGGAGGCAACUCGGUGGAUCUGGUCAAUUUCCUCAUUACAAUCCCAGGAGGCAUUCAGGUUGGCCGCAAGAGCAGCUGA